CGCUCGAUCGGCACGAAGCUGCGAUCAUGGCCGCGGUGCUCUGGUCUGCUCCCCUCGCCCGCGUUCCCUUUCUUGCCGCGCUAUUGCUGGUGCUACUCCAACAAGCUCGCUUGCCGCCGCUGGCGGCGGCGCGGACCAACCUGACCGCCGGAGCUACCUUGGCACCGCCCGACUACAUCACCAGCCCGUCCGGGGCCUUCGCCUUCGGCUUCCGCGCCCUCGACUCCGACCCGGCCAAGUUCAUCCUCGCCACGUGGUUCCGCUUCGGCGACGGCAACGGCGACUCCUCCUCCCAGCCGCAGCCGCAGUCCGUGGUGUGGUUCGCGAAGCAGUUGCCGUCGGGGGCCACGCCCAACGCCACGGCGCGGUCCGUCCUGAGCGUCACGGCCGACGGCGAGCUCACGCUCACCGACGGCGGCAGCAACCAAGCGCUGUGGGCGCCGAGCACUGAGCGCGGGUCCGUGCUCGCGCUCCGCGACUCCGGCAACCUCCAGUUCCUGAGCGACUCCGGCGACCAAGUGCUGUGGGAGAGCUUCUCGUACCCGACGGAUACGCUCCUGCCGGGCCAGUCCUUGGUUUACGCCCAAUCCGGGAACGAAGGGAAAGUCUUCGCCAAGCGCGCCGACGCGGAGUUCACCACCGGCAGGUUCAGCAUGGGCGUCCAGAGCGACGGCAACGUCGUCCUCUACGUCGACCUCCUCAAGGGCAACGACCCCGGAAACGCCUACUGGCAGGCGUACACCAACAGCCCCGACGGCAACACGACGGUCACCUUCGAUGGCCAGGGUCGCCUCAACUACACCCUCCACAACGGCACAACCCAGAGCUUGAUUCAACCGGCGUCGAGCUUCGCCGCCGGUGACUACUUCCAGUUCGCCAGGAUGGACCUAGACGGCAUCGUCCGUACCUACAUCCGUCCCAAAAACGGCGGCGCCGGCAACACGUCUUGGACCGUCUCCGGCGCGUUCCCCGACAACGGCUGCCACAAGUGGACGUCCGGGUUGCAGGGCAUGUGCGGCCCGGGGUCGUACUGUAUGUCUGCGCUGACGAAGAGUUCAAGGGACAGGCUCAGCUGCGUGUGCCCGAGUGGGUACAACUACACCGACGAGCAGCACAGGGACAGCGGCUGCACGCCGGCGUUCGAGCCUCAGAGCUGCGAUGGGAAGGACAGCUCUGACGACUUCACCCUCGUCGAGCUGCUGAACACCACCUGGGAGGCCUCGAUAUACUACAAGAAGUUCCCAUCAGUCACGGAGGAUCAGUGCCGGGAGUACUGCCUCAGUGACUGCUUCUGCGCAGCCGCGCUGUUCAUCGACGGAUCCGAUUGCGCAGAGGUCGCCGCGCUCACGAACGGCUGGCAAGCAAACGAUGGCACGAUACUCACGACGAAGGCACUGAUCAAGGUGCGGACGAGGAAUCCUCCUCAGAUAGCGUCGUCAAGGACGAGGAACGCAUUGGCCUACAAGGUGAUUGCCAUUUGCUUGGCCUUUCUUUUGUUGAUCACCGUCGGCGGCCUCGUGGCACACCAUUUUGUCACCCGGAACAGAGAGAGCCAGCGGCUGUUGAGCCCGAGCGUGAGAUCGUUCAGCUGGAAGGAGCUUCACCAAGCCACCAAUGGCUUCGAGAAACUGCUGGGCAAAGGGAGCUUCGGGGAGGUCUACAAAGGAACAAUAAGAUCGCCGCAGCCACAUCCCAUCGCGGUGAAGAAGCUCAUCAACUCGAACGACUAUAGCGAGCAGGAGUUCACCAACGAGGUGCAGUCCAUCGGGCAGAUCCACCACAGGAACCUCGUCCGCAUGAUCGGCUACUGCAAGGAAGGCAAGCACCGGAUGCUGGUUUUUGAGUUCAUGCCAGGCGGGUCUCUCCGUGGCUUCCUCUUCAACCCCGAGAAGCGACCUCCAUGGCGGUGGCGCGCCGAGGCUGCGCUCGCCAUCGCCCGUGGGCUUGAGUACCUCCAUGAUGGCUGCAGCGCCCCAAUCAUCCACUGCGACAUCAAACCCGAUAACAUCUUGCUAGACGACCUUGGUGUCCCGCGGAUCACCGACUUCGGGAUCUCCAAGCUACUGGGGAACCAGCAGGUGCACACCACGGUAACCCACGUCAGGGGCACCAGAGGGUACAUCGCGCCCGAGUGGCUCCGCGGCGACGCGCGUGUGGACACCAAGGCCGACGUGUACAGCUUCGGAGUCGUGCUGCUGGAGAUGAUCUGCUGCCGGAAGUGCCAUGAGCCGGUGACGCCCGAGGGUGCAGAGGAUGACGACGACGAGACGGUCACCUUGUUCGGCUGGGCGGCGCAGCUUGUGGGCGCGCGGAGGACGGAGGUGAUGCUGCGCGGCGACGCGGACGUGGACACCGUCGAGGACAUGGAGAGGGUGGAGCGCUUCGCGCGCGUGGCGCUCUCGUGCAUUGAGCCGAACCCGCUGCUGCGGCCGACCAUGCACCAGGUGGUGCAGAUGCUGGAGACCAGUAAACGGCAGGUUGAGGCGCUGCCUGAUCCUCCAGUCUGCUACAUUGAGGGCGAGUUUGGCAGGGCUCCUCGCGAGGGGCUCCUCGUGCGGAGCCGGAGCCGGAGCCGCGGAGCCACUUUUUUGGGCUCCUCCAUGCAGGCCUAAAACGGCUCCGGCUCCUCCCAAAUGUGCCAAAAAAUGGCUCCGCGAUCAAUGCCGUUUGGUGCGGCUCCGGCUCCUCCGUGCUUCGGUAAGCGCACGGAGCCGGAGCUAGAGCCCUGCCAAACUGGCCCAAACUGGCCCUGAAUCCUCGCCUUUAAUUCCUCAGCUCAAGGUUGAAUAGGAGUUCUCCUUGUUA